GACUUCCCACCGCUUUGCUCGUGUAUCUCUCCCUACCUCUUUCUCUUCCAUGUCUCCUCUCAGCUAACCGAAUCUUUCACCAUAUCCAUCCACAUGCAUGUACACAUCCAUGCAUGCAUGUCUACAUGCAUACAUACAGAGAUAUGGACAACACCCACAUACCCCAGAUAGAUUGAUACUUUGGAUGUUUUGAAAAAAAGGUGUACACAUGGAUUGUCUUGUUUGUCCUAGUUAGGGUUAGGGUUAGGGUUUCCAAACCUUCUUCAAACUUGAUACCUUUUCCAACAAGCUCCUCUUCACUUCUCCAUCACAUACUACACCUUAUUUCUCAACGAAAAGCGUCGGAAAUCUUCUUCUACACCCGUAAAUGACGGCUGCUUGACCGUCCAUCUAUCACUCCUUAGUUUUUUUUUUUUCUUCUUUUUUUUUUUUUUUUUUUUCUUUUUUAAUGAAACCUGGGCUGUAAAAAGAAAGGCUGGACAGUGAUGAACGGAAGUGAUUGCACCGAGGGCUCAAAGAAGAACCCUUCUGACAAAGACGAGGAGGACGAGGAUGAGGAAGAUGAUGAAGAUGGAAAGCCUAGAAAUGGUGGGAGCUCAAGCAAUAGCACGGUUGAGGAAAGUGAGAAGAAAACGGGGUCUGGAUCAGUUCGCCAGUAUGUUCGUUCCAAGAUGCCGAGGCUUCGUUGGACGCCUGAUCUCCACCUUUGCUUCAUUCAUGCGGUUGAAAGACUUGGUGGCCAAGAUCGAGCUACACCUAAACUGGUUCUUCAAUUGAUGAAUAUCAAGGGCCUUAGCAUCGCCCAUGUCAAGAGCCAUUUACAAAUGUAUAGGAGCAAGAAGAUCGAUGAAUCGGGCCAAGUCAUAACUGAAGGAAAUCUUAUGGAAGAUGGGGGUCGCAAUAUUUACAGCCUUAGUCAACUUCCCAUGUUACAUGGUUUCAAUCAAAGGCCUAUUAACAAUUUCAGAUAUGGUGGUGCUUCUUGGGGCAGCCAUGGGAACUGGAUGCCCAAUCCAUACAUUGCAGGUGCCGCAGCGCAUAAUCGUAAUUACCACCUGACUACUUCCGUUUCGCAUGAUCGAGAUACAAGGAAAACUCACCAAGUGUUUGAUGGGUUCCAAUUCAUGUACAAUCGAGAAUACCCCCGAACCCAAAUCGGACCACACCCAACAGGACCCAACUUCAUAACAAGAGUGCACGCGAGUCAUUUGAUCAACACAGACAUACCAGCGGCCAAUCGGCACGAGAUGUCCUUUGCACCAGUCCAAGAAGAUAGAAUCACAUCGAAAAGAAAGUCCAUCGAUUGCGAGCCAGACUUGAACUUAUCAUUGAACAUAACGUCGUUGCCGAACGGGCAUCUUCGGAGAUGUUGGGAGGAUGAAGAAGUGGAUAGCAAUCUCUCCCUUUCUUUGUCACCUCCUUCUUCAAAGAAAGAAACAUACCCUCAAGACAUUGAUAGGGCCUCAAAGCUUAGCAGGUUGAAGGAAGAAGAUGAUGAUGGUAGGGAGCAUGUAAGAUUGCCAAGUACUCUUGAUCUGACCAUGUGAAGGAGAGCAUCGUAGUGAGAUCUCUAGUACUUGUCAAAGAGGGUUAUAUAUAGCACUUUCUUUGUACCUACUUACAAGGUAAUAACCAACACUUGUGCCUAUUCUUUCA